AUGAUCUUUCUUUUUCAAAACACAAUUUGUUUGAUUAACAAUCCAGCUAUUGCAAUUUUAACUGAAUCAAAUAUAUAUUUAGCACAGAUUAAUGAAUUUAAUUAUACAAAUGAUAGUUUUUAUUUAAUUUAUCAUCAUAAUGAUUCAGUUUAUCAUUUACAAAGUUUAACAUCAAAUAAUUUUAUUAAUAGAAUUUAUGUUUGUUCACCAAGUACAAUAUAUGCACUUGAUUUACGAAUAGGAUCAACUAUUGUACCAUUUUCACCUGUUGAUGAUACACCAUGUCGAUCAAGUUUAAUAUAUCUACCGGGUAAAGCAACACUUGUUUGGGCAUUACGUCAUGCAGUAAUGCAGUUAGAUUUUCAACAAAUGUCUAAAGACCUUCUAUGGGAUUCAGCAUCAACAAUUAAUGAUAUGAUAUAUAAUAAUACAAUAAUUGGCGAUGAUGAUGAAUUUUAUUUGAGUAUUACAAGAACUGAUCAUGAUAUAAUUAUUUUAAAGUGUCCAACUAAUAAUCGUGUUCGUAUAUUACCAUUUCAAUCUUGUCUUAUUAUAGAUAAUGGUUAUCAAGACAUAUCAGCAUUAGCUAUUGAUGGUAAUCGUUUAUAUGCUGCUGAUCGAAUUCAACAUAAAAUAUAUGUAUUAACUUUAUUACCAAGUGGUUUUAUUGUAUCAAAAGAUAUUUUACCAUUAAAUACUAGUACAGUAGCUGAUAUUCAAUCAAUGUUUAUUUAUAAUCAUUAUCUUGUAUGGUUAACAAUAAGUGGUCAUGUACGUAUUGUUUCAUUAAUUACUUAUGAAGUACGAAAUAUUUUUUGGUUUGAUGAACAAUUACGAUCAAUUCGACUUGUAUCGUUUGCUCAAUGGCCAAAUCAUACAACAACAACUAAAAUAACGACAACGACUAAAGCAUCAACAACAACAACAACAACAACAACAACAACGACUAAAAUAUCAACUACAACAUAUUAUUCAACAUCAACAAUAGUAGAUGAUUAUAUUAAUAGUUCUUGGAAAGCAACAGCUUAUGUUACAUCGAUUAUUUUAGGUGUAGCUUUAUUUUUUUGUGCAGCUUUAAUUACUUGUGUUUUACUUAAUUAUCGUCUUGGACGAGUUGUUCCACAUAGUUUUACGAAUAUAUUUCAUAUUUUACGUAAUCGAACAGCAGUACCACAAGUACCACUAUCAGAUGAAUCACUGGCAUAA